GUCAAAAUGGCGUCUGAUCAAAUGCUAAGAGAAGGUGUACGGCAGAAUUUAGCUAAUUGGAUCCGCAAGUUGGAAUGUAACGGGGAUGUUGAGAAGCAACAUGAGUUCAAACAAAGAUUCCUCAGGAAACUACGGGAUUCCAAAAUAGCAAUUGAAACAAAAACAGCAAAUGAACAGCAUUAUGAAGUCCCCACAGAUUUCUUUAUUACGGUGCUUGGUGAGAGAUUGAAAUAUAGUUGUGGACUCUGGCCUAAAGGUGUCACCACCCUCGAAGCAUCUGAGAAUGCCAUGCUUAAAGUCACUUGUGAGAGAGCCCAAGUUCAAAAUGGACAGACAAUAAUGGAUCUGGGUUGUGGUUGGGGCUCACUGGCAUUUUACAUCUGUGAGAAUUACCCACAAUGCAAUGUUGUCUGUGUUUCUAACUCAAAUACGCAAAGAAAGCUGAUCCAGGGACGUGCCAAAGAGCGUGGUUUCUCCAAGAGAUUGGAAUGUAUUACGGCUGAUGCCAAUGUAUUUAUAACACAGCGUAGAUUUGAUAGAAUCAUAUCCAUAGAAAUGUUUGAGCAUAUGAAAAACUACCAAGAGUUAAUGGGUCGUGUUUCAUCAUGGUUAAACCCAGGAGGUAUGUUAUUUACCCAGAUUCUCUGCCACAAGGAAUUUCCCUAUCAGUUUGACACAAAGAAAGGCUCAGAUACGGAAUGGAUGGCAAGGAAUUUCUUCUCUGGGGGCACAAUGCCGUCUGCUGACCUCUUCCUCUACUUUCAGGAUGAUCUAGUCUGUGUUGAUCACUGGAGAAUCAAUGGUUGCAACUAUUCCAAGACCCUGGAGGCAUGGCUAGUCAAGAUGGAUGAACGCAUCGGGAAAGUUAAACCUAUCUUUGAAAAAGCUUAUGGUGCAGACGAAGUAGACCAGCAAGUGUUCAACUGGAGGUUGUUCUUCAUAUUCUGUAGCGAAGUGUUCGGAUACAAGGACGGAAACGAAUGGAUUGUUGCCCAUCAUCUUUUCAAGAAACGUAUGUCAAGUCAGCUAUAGACUGAGUGAAAG